AUGUUAUAUUUGUUGGUGUGGUUAUGUGUAAUAUCAGUGUUGGGAACUUCAUCAAGAAUUCGAAUUAAUAAUAAGAGGGACCCUGUGAUUUUUUACGGAGAUGGUCCUGAUUCAAACAUCAUAUAUUAUCAACAAUGUGCACCCAGAGUGACCUGCAAUCGAAAUGCUGUUUACAGGACAGCGGAUGGCACAUGUAAUAACUUGAGGAACCCGUUGUGGGGGUCGUCCGAAACUCCAUACAUAAGACUUGCUGAAGCUGCUUAUGCUGAUGGUAAUUAUGAAGUUCGUAAACAAGUGGAUGGUUCUAAGUUGCCUAGGCCUCGUCAAUUACAGUUACAAUUAUUUUUACGAAAAUCCUUGGAUUACCCAGACUCUAACAAUUAUCAUCUUAUGCAAUUUGGUCAAUGGGCCAAUCAUGAUAUCAGUCUUAUGCCACCCGAUACAACAGGGCCAGAGAGAUGUUGUUCCGUUCCUAUUUAUGAGAUCAACAGUAAUAGCCCAUACCAAUGUCAAUUAGCUAUUGAAAUACCUACGAAUGACAUGAUUCUUAGUCGUUAUGGACAAACAUGUAUGGAAUUUAAACGUGCAAUGACGGCUGCUAAUAAUUUUGAUUGUCCUGUAACUCCUCAAACUCCAAUGAAUCAGGCAACCGCAUUCAUUGAUGCGUCACAAUUGUACGGACACAAACAAGAUACUGCAGAAUCAAUUAGAUCGUUUGAUGGUGGAAAAUUGAAAACAGAUAUCAUAAAUGGACACGAGUUUUGUCCUCGAAAAAAAAGACAAGGGUCAUUAAUAUGUGAUGAUCGGGAGAACGUGAACAUUUGUUUUGAAGCUGGAGAUCCAAGAUUAAAUCAACACUUUGGGCUCACAGCGUAUACGACAAUGUUUACCCGGUUCCAUAAUACUGUGACUGAAAAGUUACAAGAAAUAAAUCCUAAAUGGUCUGAUGAAAAAUUGUAUCAAGAAGCUAGAAAGUUUGUUGGCGCACUAAACCAGAUAAUUGUUUAUCGGGACUAUCUACCCAUUCUACUUGGUAAAUCAUUUACAAAACGCGUUGGCUUAGAUAUUAGUAAGAGUAGAAGAACACAAUACAAUCCUGCAAUUAUGCCACAAUUGACCACGGAAUUUGCAGGGGGGGCUUUCAGAGUGCCACAUAAUACACUGCCUUCGACAUACGAUUACAUAAAUAAAAAUUAUGAAGUAGUGGAUUCAGUUAAAUUUUACCAAUGGAUGUCGAAACCUGAUCCCUUAGUGGUGGGCAAUAAUUUUGACCAAAUAGUCAGAGGCAUGACUACAUCAGCAAGCCGUUUAUUUACACCGUCAUUUAACUUUUUUAUAUCAAAUUUAAUGUUCCACACACAUCUCAGUGGUAAUGAAGAUUUGUUGUCAGUGGAUAUUCAAAGAGGUCGUGAUGUCGGCAUACCACCAUAUACUGUUGUAAGAAAAUUAUGUGGUUUCCCAGAAGUCAAUUCAUUUGAAGAUUUAUUAAACAUUAUACCAAAUUACGACGUCAAAUCACUGAAAGUACAGUACGCUACCGUUUAUGAUAUUGAUCUACUAGUGGGAGCUUUACUCGAACCACCUGUCGAUGGUGGAACGGUUGGUCCAACUGCACAGUGCAUUUUAGCUGAUGUAUUUUACCGUAUUCGAUUCGGUGAUCGUUUCUUUUUUGAUGUCAGAGGUCAACCCGGAAGUUAUUCUCUAGCACAACUGAGAACUUUGAGAAACAUUGACCUAGGUCACGUGUUAUGUGCCACGACUGAAUUGGACGAAGUGCCAAUGGAUAUUUUUAAGACAUCAAGACGUUCACCAAUGAUGAAAUGCAAAAGUAAAUUAUCAAAAUUGGAUUUUAGUGCUUGGAGAGAAUAA